AUGCCCCGCCCCGCCUCCGGCCCCCUCCUGCUGAUCGCCCUCAGCCUGGCCCUGCCAUGCGCCCUGGCCGCCGUUCGGGAUCCCUACGCCGCGCUGUCCCUCCCCCGCACUGCGUCCGCGGACGACAUCAAGCGCGCCUACCGCGCCCUGGCCCGCAAGUAUCACCCGGACAAGAACCCAUCGCCCGAUUCGCAGGCGAAAUUCAUGCGCGUGCAGGAGGCCUAUGAGAUUCUGGGCGAUGCGGAGAAGAAGCGGCGUUAUGACGCCACUGGAUCGGUGUCAGGGGCAGACUUUGGAUCCCAGAGGUGGGGGGGACCUGGACAAGGCUUUGAGUCGGGUUGGGCGAGGAGGAGGGAGAGGAUACCCUCGAGCACGGCCAGGCUGACUGCACUUGAGUUUGCGCAGAGGGUGUUCCGGGGGGGUGCUGCGUGGCUGGUGCAGGUGUAUAGGGAUGCGGAUUGGAGGUGCUUUGCUGUAUCGGAGGCGUGGGAGGCGGCGUGGGGGAGGAUGAGGGAGGAGCUGGGCGAGGUGGGGCAGAUGGGGCGGGUGGAGGCGGGCCGGGAGCCGUGGCUGGUGGCCGCGAUCGCUGAUUACAACACCUGGCUGGGGGGACUGGUGAGGCUGGGGAUAUCGUGGAGGGACCUGCCCGUGGUUGUGGGGUACCCGCCGGGAUGCAGGGAGUAUUCUUGCGGCGUGGGGUACUCGGGCGCGAUCACUGCGGACGGGCUGGUGGCGUUUGUGGCGGACAGGCUGUUGGAUUUGCCCAAGUUGGAGAGGGUGGAGCCGGGGGGGGUGGAUGGGUUCUUGAGGCGGGCGGGGGAGAGGGUUGCGGGGCUUGUGUUUUACGGCCCCGGCGCCCAGGCGCCCGAUCUGAUUGCCCUCCGUGCCGCCCUGGCGAGGAUGGAAGGCAGGCUGGUGGUGGGUGUGGUGAGGCUGACAAAGGCGAGUCGGGAGUUUUGGAGGGAGAGGGCGGGUGUGUGGGCGGGGCCUGCGAUUGCUUUUUUCAAGGGACCCGGCACCACGCCCCGCGUGCACCGGUUCGACAAGCUCGGUGGUAACAAUGCAUGGCGAAGGCUCUUUGAAUCCAACUUGUGGCAGACGGUCCCAGAGCUGACAUCAGACAGUGCGGCUGCCUUGGGGUGCACCGAUCGCACAGGGGCAAAGUCGCCUCCCACGUGCGCGGUGCUGAUUGGCAGACACGGCGAGCCGCUCUUGGCCGCAAGGGCGAUGUUCGCAGGCCUGAUUGAGAACCUGACGAGGUGGGCAGACGCCCCAGAGCACGCUGACCUGGCCAAAGCGCUGAAGGCUGGCCAGAUCAGGCUGCUUUGGAUGAACGCAGCCUCUCAGCCCCAGUUCUGCGCCUACCACCUGGCGUCGCUAGGAAAGGAGCUCGCAGACUCCGCCUGCCGCGGCAGUCUACUCACGGGGCUGGGCUCCUACGUGGGCCAGGGCUCCAGCAACGACAGCGUGCAUCUCUUUGCAGCGCACUGGCACCUAAAUAGGCUCAGGCGGAGGCAUGGGGUUGCAGUAUACCCCGGUGGUGACGUCUCCCGCCUGCACACCCCUGAACAGAUUGUGGAUCUCCUCUUUUGGCUGUCGCGCUGUGCAACCGAGCCUGACAGCAUGCUGGAGAAGCGUGAUGCCGAACCCCCAGCACUGAACCCAAGGGCUGAUCCAAGACCUAGUGACCUGCGAGGGUGGAUCCUUUGGUUGCGCAGCAUCAUCGUUAGGAUCUUGAUGGUGGUGACACCAUGGAAGGAGGACCAGAUGGUGGAGGUCUUGUGGCAAGCAGGCACAGCCGUGCUGUUUCUACUCUUGAUCCACAGCGUGAUGGCACCGUCCAAUGGAGAGCACAGGGUGGGGGGGUACUUGAGGACGGCGCUGAUCUGGAUGGCACCCAUCCUCUUGCCCAUAUUGUUCUUCUUCGUGGCCCCAGAUGUGGGGCAAUGGUGA